AUGGCGUCGUCAAACUCCUCGUCCAUCGCUCCUCCUGCCCUUCCCCCCUCGGACCUCAUCGUCAUGGUCACCCCCUUCGGAGACCCUCCGAGCGUCCGCCUCUCGCUCGUUGGCACGCUCUUCCUCCUUUUCACCGCCGCCGUGGCGGGCAACGCGCUCCUCUGCUUCGUCGUGUGCCUCGAAAGGCGCCUCCGCACCCCCAUGUGCACCUUCAUCGCAUCCCUGGCGCUCACCGACAUCGUCCAGGUGGCCAGCAGCGUGCCGCGCGUCAUGGCCAACCUCCUCGGCGACGACGAAGCAGGUGGAGGCGGCCACAGCAUCGGGCGCGUCUCCAUGGCCGAGUGCACCGUGCAGAUGUUCCUCAUUCACGUGUCGGUGCGCGCCCAGGCCUUCCUGCUCGCCCUCAUGUCGCUCGACCGCUACCUCGCCGUCGGCUUCCCGCUCAGGUACUGCUCGCUCAUGACCAACGGCAUCGCCCUGCGCGCCUCGGCCGCCGUCGCCGCCUCCGCGUGCGCCCUCACGUGCCCCAACGUGGCUCUGCUCGUGGGCCUCGACUACUGCCGCACGCGGGUCCUGGCCGCCGUCUACUGCAGCUUCUACUCCGUGGCGUUCACGUCGUGCGGCGACGUCGGGACGCAGCGGCGCUACGGCUACGCGACGCUAGCCCUCGCCACGGUGCUGCCGGCGUGCGCCGUCGCGCUCGCCUACGCGCUCAUCCUGCUCGAGUGCCGCAAGGCGGGACUCCGCCGGGGCCAGAGGAAGGCGCUUCGAACCUGCGUCACGCACUUGCUUGCCGUCGGGGUGUUCUUCGCCUCGGUCUUCUUCUCGUUCGCCAACAAUAUCUCGUUCCUCGCCAGCGUUGGCGCUGAGGUGUCCUACUGCCUGCAGGGAUUGCACUGCAUCGUCCCGGCGCUGGUCAACCCCGUCAUCUACGGACUCGGGACGGCCGAGAUUCGGCGCGGUGGCGUGAAACGGUUCCGAAGGAGGGUGGCAGACAUCGGGCGAUAA